GUCGUAUUCUUCCGCGAACUAUGGCUCUCCAGCUGACACUGCUGAGGCACUUCUCCUGCAGAAAUAUAUCUCGAUCUCAGGUUUUAGGCCUAUGCGUGAGAAAUGCCUCGACCACCGGCGUAAAUAGCAUCCCUAGAUACCAUAAGCGUGGCACUGGACAUCCUCUGAACAGUAAUAUACAGAAUAGGGUCGCACUAAGUUCCCACUGGGCAGGUGCAACAGGGCCACUCACAUCGAAGGUACAAGUAUGGAAGACCCACAAGAGACUAGGGGUGCGAAACUGCUUCCACCCAGGGGCCAGUGCGCUCUCCCGGGAAUAUGUGGGAGUCUCGGCGAAGGAGGUCACGGGGAGAGAGAUGCUUGGGGCCCUGGCUUCUUACGUCUGGCCGAAAGGCAAUAUGGCUGUAAAGGGAAGGGUACUCACAGCACUCAGCCUGCUUAUUGGUGCUAAGCUUCUAAAUGUACAAGUCCCAUUCAUCUUUAAGGAUGGCAUAAACUACCUAAAUGAACACACUGGCAACCUUUUGACAGUAGCUGACCCUGCAUCAGCUGUUGCUGCUACAGCUGUAUCCCUGAUGAUAGGAUAUGGAAUUGCCCGCACUGGAGCAGCUGGGUUUAAUGAACUACGCAAUGCAGUGUUUGCCAAGGUGGCACAGAACUCAAUCCGAAAGAUUGCUGGCAACGUCUUCCUUCACCUUCACAGCCUUGACUUGAAUUUCCACCUGAAUCGGCAAACAGGAGCACUCUCCAAAGCCAUUGAUCGGGGGAGCCGGGGAAUAAAUUUUGUCAUGUCGGCACUUGUUUUCAAUAUCGUGCCCACAAUAUUUGAAGUUAGCUUAGUGGCAGGUAUAUUGGCAUACAAAUGCGGUUGGGAAUUUGCAGGUGUAACUGUGGCCUCAAUUAUGGCAUAUGCAGCCUUCACUCUGGGUAUUACACAGUGGCGUACUAAGUUUAGGGUGGAUAUGAACAAAGCUGAAAAUGCAGCAGGGAACCGAGCCAUUGAUUCACUCAUCAACUAUGAAACUGUGAAGUAUUUCAAUAAUGAAGAGCAUGAAGCCAAGGAAUAUGACAAAUAUUUGAAAAAAUACGAAGGGGCAUCUCUGAAGACGGCAACUUCCCUGGCCUUGCUCAACUGGGGACAGAAUGCAAUAUUCAGUGUUGCUUUAUCGACUAUGAUGGUUCUGGCAACAAAAGAAAUUCUUAAUGGUAAUUUGACUGUGGGUGAUCUAGUGAUGGUCAAUGGAUUGUUAUUCCAACUGUCCCUGCCGCUCAACUUCUUGGGGUCUGUUUACCGUGAGGUUCGUCAAGCACUUAUUGACAUGCAGACAAUGUUCACGUUGAUGAAACAGCCAACUACUAUAAAGAAUGCCCCAGACUGUAUACCUCUACAAGUAACUCCUCAGAAUGCAGACAUUACUUUCAACAAUGUAUGUUUUGAGUACAAUGAAAAUUACCCCAUCCUGAAUGACCUUAACUUUACAGUGCCUGCUGGGAAGAAAGUUGCUAUUGUUGGUGGUUCGGGUUCAGGAAAAUCAACAGUCAUCCGUCUGUUGUACCGCUUUUAUGAGCCCAAGGCUGGGACCAUUACAAUAAAUGGACAAGAUAUUAAUUCAGUAGACCUGGACAGCCUGAGGAAGAGCAUUGCUGUGGUUCCACAAGAUUGUGUGCUGUUCCAUGACACUAUAGCUUACAACCUCCACUAUGGUGACCUGUCUGCAGAUCCCAGCAAAGUAGAAGAAGUAGCUCAACUUGCUGAUAUUCACCACUCAAUUCAGAGCUGGCCCAAUGGCUAUAACACUCAGGUUGGUGAACGUGGCCUGAAACUUUCGGGUGGGGAGAAGCAGAGGGUUGCCAUUGCACGAGCCAUCCUGAAGAACGCUCCAAUACUAGUUUUCGAUGAAGCAACUUCUUCUCUAGACUCCCUUACAGAACAAAGUAUAAUGGAAGCUCUGCGACAUGCAACCAAGGGAAGAACUUCAAUCUGCAUUGCUCAUCGCUUAUCAACAGUUAUGGAUUCGGACGAAAUCCUUGUGUUGGCUGAGGGCAGGCUUCAGGAGCGCGGGACGCAUCAGCAGCUCUUGGCGCUUGGUGGGCACUAUACAAAGCUCUGGAAUUCACAACACAAAGUUGAUGAAUAAAGAUGUGAUUUAAUAGUUAUGCUAGUAGUUGAAGAGAUUUGUUUUCUUGUAUAUUUUAUUGUAUAUUUCUAGAUGAUCUGCUUGCUGAUUAAUAUCAUUGUUGUUCUGUGAAUUCUUAAAUGUUUAAUUUAUUAUAAAUCAGUAUAUUUAUUUUACUGAAGAUGACAUUACUUGUCAAGAAAGAAACUUCUUUUGUUCUAGAAAAAAUAUAGUUAUGCAGUAUCACUAGACAGAAAAAUUUAUUUGAUCUGAUUUAAGGUCUUCCAGUAUGUAUAUUAUGUGUGCAUGUAUGUAUAUAUAUUAUAUAUAUAUAUGUGUGUGUGUGUGUGUG